AAAAUGCAAAUACACGAGUGUCCACCACCACAACCAUCCCAACCCAAUUGUCGGUAUUCCUUUUUCUUACCCAAUUCAUUUCCGUACCCCAUAACCUCUAAGUGACUUAUUCAUUUUCAUUCGCUGUAAAUUUGACUCGUUCCUGAAAUUCUCCGAUUCUUGACAAGCGUUGUCUUCAUGCUUUCUUUCAUUGUUUUUGCUCUUGCAUUUGCUGCAAGUUCAGCUCUUACUAUUGUACCAUUGAGCUCUGCUGAUGCUAAUGGAGCAGCGUAUAGAGUGAAUACUACAUCAAGGAUCUAUAUUGUUUCUAAUAGCCCUCAAGAUGUUCUUCAAAGAAUCACAAUCAAAACCGACUUGGGAUCCAAUGCUAAUGCCUACACAUUAUCUGUUCCACAAGCUGAUGGAUCCUUGACGCCAUUGAUUCCAAGUCAAAAUUCCGAUUUACUGAGUGUUGAGGUAACUGGAACCAACGAUGCUACUGGAUGGCUUUACAUUGAUUCUAUUACACCAAAUCUCAAUGUUUUCCCAAUCUUGGAAAACAGUUCAAUCAGCUUCAAACAAGGAACAAAUGUUUUCUUUAAAAUGAGCUCUCCAGCAGGAAAAAUCCCAGUCGCUCAGAACGUAGUGAUUGGUAAAAAUCAAGUACUUAAUGGAUUCGUGGGAUUACCCGACUCGAAAGACAUGGUUCAAUUCUUUGACAGUGAUUCUAUUGAAGGAUUGACCAACUAUGAUCAACUUGAGCUUCCAAUGGACAUGUUCCAUUUCACGUCUAACAGUGCUGAUAUAAAAUAUGAAAUCACAUAUGCAGCUAGAAAGGGAAUUACGAUAGGAUCAUCUGGACUUUUGAUGACUGAUUCAUUCCCAACUGGAACCUUUGGAACCAAUGACUAUGAUCUUAAUAAUUCAAAGGGUGUCAAUGUUGAUUCGAUUUUCAUUCCAAGAGUUGACAAAACCCAUGUUUACGCUGGAAACAUCACUGUCUUCAUGACCCCAGCUACACAAGAUCCAACCGUUUUCCCAAUGUUCUCUAAUGCUGAUGCAAAUUACACAUCAAACAGUCCAAUGAGUCGAAUUGUUGUGGAAGCUGAUGGACCAUAUUCAAUUCAGUAUUUCUUGAGAGAUACUUCAAUCACAUCUCCAUCUCCAGUCGAAUCAACCACCAAAACUUCCAGCAUUCCACAGAUUAUUGCAUCUCUUCUUGUGGCCGCCGUCUUGAGAUUUUAAUUUUUUGAAACCCUGUAACUAUUGUUUCUUUUUGUAUUUGAAUAUUUCAUAACGGGUUAUGGUCGUUCGCUAUAAUAAAAUUGUAAAAUGUCAUUAGUUUUGAAAGACAUUUCCAAAUAUUUGAAGAAUAGAAAACUUAAUUGUUGACUGUACAUAGUCGCUCUGGCAAAAACAAAUAG